CUUUUCUCAACCAUUUUCUGAUACAAAGCAAAUAAAGUCAAUUCGAGUUUUGUUUAUGUUUUUUCAAAGUGUGCAAAUUGCAAAGAGAAUAUAUCAAAAUAAAAUGUGUAGACUUCGGGUGAAAUUGGAGAAAUGAUAGUUGCCAUUAAAGACGGUAGUUUUGUUUUUUUUCAACGACCUUCACAGUGGAUUUUCACUUUUAAUUCGUGCAUUGCAUUGUAUGUAUCGAAUAUAUUGUACCAGAGUCAGACCAGAGUUAAAUAGCAGGAAUUGUUUGAAAAUUUUUUGUGUUUAUUGUCGCGCAUGAGAAUGGCAACGCCGAAACAGGAGAGUGUCGAUGCAGAUGAAUUGGCAGCAGAAAUAGAAAAUCGCAUGCAGGAACAUGACGCAUACGAAAACGUUGAUUACAAAUGGGGCAAGGAUGACUUUGAGCUGGGCGCUCCGUUGGGACGUGGAAAAUUUGGCCGUGUAUAUGUCGCACGUGAAAAGCAAACUCAUUUUAUGGUCGCAAUGAAAGUACUGUUUAAGUCGGAAAUUAUCAAAAAUCACCUCGAAAAGACCAUUGCACACGAAAUUGAAAUUCAAUCUCGGCUACGACAUCCAAAUAUCUUGCGUCUAUAUACGUAUUUUUAUGAUGACUCACGAAUUUAUCUCGCACUGGAAAUGGCAUCGCAAGGUGAACUGUAUGGACACUUGCAAAUGGCACCAAAUGGACGAUUUUGUGAAGAACGUUCGGGUCGAUACACGUAUCAAGUUGCAAACGCUCUUCAUUAUUGUCAUCUAAACAAUGUCAUUCAUCGUGAUUUAAAGCCGGAAAAUAUUUUGUUGUCUGUCGGCGAUCAGGUUAAAUUAUCCGAUUUUGGCUGGUCUAUUCACACGUCCUCAAAUGCACGAAAGACAAUGUGUGGCACAUUGGAUUAUUUACCACCAGAAAUGAUUGAAGGUCGAACGUACGACGAUUCAAUUGAUCAAUGGUGUUUGGGAAUUUUGUGCUACGAAUUUCUAGUCGGGAAACCACCAUUCGAAUCGAAGGAUCAAGCGCACACCUAUGAAAAAAUUCGGAAGCUGAACAUCGAAUAUCCAUCUUACAUCUCGAUUGGGGCACGCGACUUAGUCAGUGGUUUGAUUCGAAAACGCGAUCGUACAACACUAGUCAACGUUAUGAAGCAUCCCUGGAUAAGACUACACAAAGAUGCAGAUUGGAAGAGCAUAGAAAAAUAAUAUGGUUCACAUGCCAUUACCACUUUCAAUUGGUUUACGUUGCAUUCGAAGAGAAUCAUUUGGUUGGCUCUAGCCUGUAAAUUUAAGGUCUUUUGUAAAAUAAUCGAUUGUCAGAGCUCUCAAGUAAUUAAUAAAUUCCCACCGGGAGUUUGUAUAUAA